AUGGCGGCCAAGGCACUCUCCCCUGCGGAGGUGGAGCUGGUGAACUCCCUGACGGAAGACGAUAUCCCGACCAAGCUGCGCUGUGCCAUCUGCAGCAAGUUGGCCGUCAACGCUUUCAAGCUGCCGUGCUGCGAGCAGCUCAUUGACGAGAACUGCCAUGCGACGCUUCCCUCGACAUGUCCCGUGUGCGAACACACGCCGCUCUCUGCGGCCGACUGCAAUCCGAACAAGGUGAUGCGGUCGACGAUCCGCGUCUUCAUCAAGACGGAACUCAAGAAGCGCGAAACAAACCGCGCAAAGCAGACCAAAGACGCGACACCGGUCGCGCCGGCCACGCCUGUGGAGUCGGCGGCGGCUCCGGCGGCGGCGGCGACAGCGGCAACUGCGAUGGACGGGGUGGCUGUGGCUACAAGUGCAGUGGGAGAGGCACAGCAAGGCCAGGAACAAAGCCAGGGCCGGGGCCAGAUGCAGGGCCAGGGCACCAAUCUUUCUUCAUCGUAUUCUUCAAAACCUUUGGAUAAUGCUCAGUCUCAGUCGGGAGCCGAAGAUUCACAAAUGCAAGACAAUGGCCAAGCAGGCGCAAGGCAGCAAGAAGAUGAUGUCCCCGCCGACGGGGCUGCUCUCGCCAGCGGCGACAACAACCUUAGUGCUGACACAGCUAACCAAACUACAACUGCGAUCGCAGCAUCACAAGGCAACAAUGCCACAGCAGAGCCAACGCAACAAGACGGCACAGAGCCCAUGGCAGACGGCGACGCCGAACAGGCACCCGCCGGUGAUGGCCAAACAGUCGAUGCCCAAGAGGGCCAAGAUGCCGCCACAGGUGAUGCCGGCAACCAGGUCGCCGGCGGCAAUGCAAAUGGCAUGGGCGGAUUCAACAUGCCGGGCGCGAACGGUGCCUUUCCGGGCAUGAACAACGGCAUGGGCGGCGAUAUGAACCAGAUGCAGAUGAUGAUGGCCAUGCAGAACGGCAUGAUGCCGGGCAACUUUGGUUUCCCUAUGAUGGGCAUGCCUGGUAUGAGCGUGGAUGCGUCGAUGCAGGGUAUGUUUAUGAAUGGCGGGUUUCCGAACAUGAUGGGUAGCGGGUUUGGCGGUGGGCAGCAAGCAUGGAAUGGCGGCCAAGACAAUUUCAAUCAUCCAAAUGCUUCGGGCAUGGGUAACGGGGAUUUCGGGUCGUAUAACGGUGCCUACAACCAGGGCUACAAUCAGCAGGGUAACUUUGGCUACCAAAACCAGAACCAAUUCAAUAACUAUCGCGGUUUUGGGCGUGGAAGAGGCCGCGGGCGCGGGUAUUACAACAGCAACUACAACGCCGGCCGUGGUGGCUUCAACAACAUCUACAACAACCACGGCUAUUAUAAUGGCGGCAACGGCUAUGGGCCCAACGGCAUGAACGGUAUGAACGGUAUGAACGGUAUGAACGGCAACAACUUCCAGUUCCAAGGCCAGAGCAACUUUGGCCAGCAUCAGGGACAGGGACCAAACGGCUUCGGCAAUGUCAAUGUCAAUGGUAACGGCAACAGUGAAGAAAGCCAGGACAAUGGUAAUGGUAGCGCCGAGGGCAAUGCAAAUGGCGACGACACUGAAAUGACCGACAAGGGUGCUGUCCAGGCCCAGAAUGGACCGAAGCAGUCAGUAGAGGAUGACUCCGGCGCACCCAACGAGUCCACUGAUAAGACGCCGACAUCUUCGAUUCCUACCUUUGAGUCGCGCGACGGCGGCCAGUCCAUCCCGAACGGCGCUCAAGGCGGCUUUGCUUCUUACGGCCAGUUUGGCAUGGGUGGCGCUGCGCGUGUCCUUGGUCCGGCCCCAGAUGUACCGCUUAACGCCCCCAGCGGUCCCAAGGCCAUGCGCCAGGGUCUGCCCAACACCAGCACACUGCACCUCCGCGCGCGCGGCUUUCUCACCGACGACCGCCCGGUCGCAACCACGAAUGGCUUGGCCCACAACAGCCCGACCGUUACGGAACACAGUGGCCACGGCCGGUCGCGAAGCAACUCGGUCAGCACCAAACGCCGCGACCGUGAUCAUGAUCGUGAUCGCCAUCGGGAGCGCAGCCGCGACCGUAGUCGUGACCGCGAUCGUCGUAAUGGGCACCGGCACGGCGACCGACAUGAGAGUGGCGGCUUCAAGCGCGAACAGUCCACCGGCCGUGACCUCGACCCCGACCACGACCAAAAGGACACGCAGGGCGUGGGUGUGCUGGCCGUCGACAAGCGCACGAGCAACGAUCCGGACCUCGACUAUGAGCAGCACGAUGACUGGGACGAUGGCCCCACGCGCGACCACCACGACAACGGCGAUGACGAACGCGGCCGGUCUGGAUCGCGGUCCAGCCACGGCCGCCGGCGCGAACACUCGCGCGAUUCACUGACACUGGAGGAUGCUGACCAACCCGAAGAAGAAGAAGGGGGUACAGACAAGCCGCACGGUACUGGGGCUCGACCGCGGCGUAAGAACCGUGGUGGACGGAAGAACCGACGCAAGCGUGAGAACCGCCUUGCCGAGGAGGAGCGGUCAGCCGCCAAGGCCUCUGCCGAUGCAGCGGCAGCAGUGCGCACGCGGUCCAUGUCGCCCCUCGACGAGUCGCGACGGUCUGGCGGCCAUCGCAGCCACCGCGACCGCGACACGGAUAAGAGACAUGACCGCGAGCACCACGACCGUGACCGGGCUCGUGACCGUGAUCGAGAGAGGGAACGGGAACGGGAACGGGAACGGGAUCGUGGCCGUGAUCGUGAUCGUGAUCGUGACGACUACCGCCGUCGGUCUCACAGAGACAGCGACCGCGAUCGAGACCGCAGCCGGGACCGCGGAAAAGACAAGGACCGGCGCGACAAGGACCGCAGCGACCGCAGCGACCGUCGCGACCGCAGUGGCCGAGAUCGAGACCGAGACCGAGACCGCGACCGAGACCGCGAGAGGGAUCGCGAUCGGGACAGCGGCCGCGACAAGGGCGGCGGCAGCAACGGCACCGAGACAACGAAGGGCGCGGCCGCGACUGGUGGCAGCAGCGAUCCGUAUGCUGCCGAGCGCGAGAGACGGACGCGAGAACGUGUGGCCGCCGAGGCACAGAAGCGGGCCGGCAUAUCAAGCUUGGUCGCCGGGUCGAAGCGCGGCCGUGACGACGUUGACGAUGGAAACGCUGGUGCAGGAGGUGGAGGGGGUGGAGGAGGUGGAGGCAGUGGUGGAGGCAGUGGACGGCGCAGCCGACGAAAGGGUCGCCGUGGUGAAGCUAUCGUCGCAGAAGAUGCCGGCGAUCGGUCGCGGCGAGGCGAGGCCGAGCGCGAGAGCCACCGCUAG